AUGCUUCUUCGCUCAGGUAUUGUCGCUUCAUGGCGACUUUCAUGUGUCGUGAUUGCGACGUUGUUGACUGCAAGAGCAACCUCGAGCCCCUCGGUCAAUGUUGCGCUUCAAGCUUCAUUUGACUCCGGUCCUUAUUUAAUAGAGCUGCUCGAAACGGCAGCCGAAGAGAACGCAACGUCAUACUUCCCACUACUUGAUCGCAUAGCCGAAGGAGCUUUUGAUGAUUACCUGACGGAUAAAGAGCUAUUCGACCGUUUCCUGCAAGUGGUGGUUGAAGAUGGACACCUUAGCAGCCCCGAAAGUGUCUCGUCGUUUAAGCUAUCAUUGUCGAUCCGAUCCGCCAGCCCUCGAAUUGCAGCCCACUAUCAGUUCUAUAAUACCUCGGUGCAGCACUCUCUGAUGGCGGCGCAGGAUGCCGCUUGCCCUGUCUGGGUGCACUCGGAUGGAAAGCAAUACUGCUCAUCUGCAAUGGAGCGGGCGCAACAGGAUGUUGAAGGGGAUCUAGACGGACGGGCAUUACCUUUCGAUCGCAUCUUAGGCCCCAAUUCCUUACCCCCGGUUAUUCUAUAUGCCGAUGUAGCCUCGCCGAUGUUUAAAGAUUUCCAUCAGACUCUGAGUGCUUUGGCUAAAGAGGGUGAGAUAUCGUAUAGAGUGCGGUAUCGGCCACCUCAACAUUGGAUCUCGCGUCCUCUAUUUGUCUCGGGAUAUGGCGUUGAGCUUGCAUUGAAGCGUACGGACUACAUUGUGAUCGAUGACCGUGACGCCGAACAACGAGGCCCAAAUAGCAUAGAGUCGGCUGGAACCGAGGAAGCUCCCGACGACCUUAAGCCGUUGUCAUCGUCUGAAGUGGCGCGGCUCGGGCUGAAUACAGUCAGCUAUGUGGCCAAUAGUGAAGAUCCGCUCAAUACGCUCGUGAAACUGUCCCAAGAUUUUCCCAAAUAUUCCGCAACGAUCGCCGCCUACAACGCAAGCACCCAACUUCAUAAAGAGAUUAAAGCAAACCGUUUAGGAAUGCUCCCCCCAGGAGCCAGUGCAAUAUGGAUUAACGGUAUUCAAAUUGAUCCACGACAAAUAGACGCUUUCUUCCUCGUCGACCACCUCCGCCGCGAGAGGAAGCUGAUCGACAGUUUCCGAAGCUUAGGACUUUCCGCUAAACAAGCCGUGGAUCUUAUGACACACGAGACUGUAACCGAGGCCACGGCGCAGGGCACACCACAACGUUAUGAUUACCGGGACGAAUCUGAAGGCGGUGGUGUUAUCAUAUGGUUGAACGACUUGGAGAAGGAUGCAAGAUAUGAAUCGUGGCCAAAUCAAUUGACAGCCUUUCUUCAACGAACGUUCCCUGGUCAACUCCCAGCAGUGCGUCGGGACUUGAAUAACAUUGUGUUUCCUGUCGACCUAACUAGAAUGGAUGACGUUGAUUUGAUUGUCUCGACAAUCCAAAUGUUUGUGAAGAGGAAGAUACCAGUAAGAUUCGGUAUCGUCCCAUUGGCAACGUCGGAAGGUUCAAUUGCGCAAUUGAAGGUGGCCCACUACUUGCAAGAGACAUUUGGUCUGGCUAGUCUCAUGACCUACUUGGAACAGGGCUUGAAGAGAAACAAGUUGGCGGUGCCGGAUAAGACUUGCUUUCUGAAAGCUACUGAAGAUAGGACUCCGAGGGGAGAGAAACAACCUCUUUCGCUGGACGAUAUACUGACCAAUGAAGGACUGGAUACCUCCGUCAGCCGUACUGGUCAAUAUCAGAACCGCCUUGGGAUUAAGGCUGGUGAUUCACUUAUUUUCGUGAACGGUAUCCCCGUCAUGCGUGGCGAGAACUGGCCGCAAGAGAUGAGUGCCAAAAUCGAGAGAGACUUGCGACUGGUCCAGCAAGGUAUUGCUGAAGGUCUGUUUGAGGAAGAUGCCUGGUUACCAAGUUUCUUCCUGUCUCAGACAUUCGGCCGUCGCGUCCCCUGGAUUGUACCUGAAGAUCCUAAAGAUAUCGAGCUUGUUGAUCUGGUAAAGGUAGCAGCACAGCUGGGAGCGCUUUUGGACAAGGUACCUCGUGUUGCGGCUCAUGUAGAGCCCUUGGAGAGCGUCCACGUUGUUGUUGUGGGUGAUUUCGGUACCAGAGCCGGUCUGAAGAUGCUUAUCUCAACGCUUGAAAUGCAAUUGAAACAAGACAAGACGGAGAUACUCCUCGUCCAUAACCCUGAGGACCCUUUAACAAAUGCAGCAGCAUCCUCUCUCAUCUAUCGUUCCUUGAAAGAAGGAAAUGGCGUUGAUUCUACGCGCAUUUUGGCGGACAUUACAUCGUCUACCUCGUCAGACGUAGACGCACAAGAGGCGUCCGAAUUUUGGUUAAAAUUCCAACCCUUGGUUGAGGCACUGGGUCUUUCAUCUGGUAUGAACGGUAUCAUCGUCAAUGGUCGAGUCAUCAAGCCCAGCCAGGACGUAACCGCAGAAGAUCUUGGUCAACUUUUACUCUACGAAGACAUCAACCGAAUUGGGCCUGUCACGAAGGCUGCGAAGGAUCUGGGACUCGGCUCUAGAAUACCCGAUCCGCUGUCAUUUGCGAAACUCACUUCACUCAUGGCCAUUUCAACAGUGUCUGAUGUUCCUGAGGGUUUAUAUGAAACAUCUUCUGAUGUGCGGGUUAAGUUCUUCGAGGAGUGGAAUGAAUCCAGUUCCGUAAUUACUGUUCCCGGCCCUGAAGACCCCGUGAUAACCAUCAGUGCGUCUCUUGACCCAACGUCAGAAAUGGCCCAACGAUGGCUACCAAUUCUGAAGGUCAUAUCUGACCUUGACGGUGUCAGGCUGAGACUCUUCAUGAAUCCACGGGAUGAGCUUCGGGAGCUCCCUAUCAAGCGCUUCUAUCGCUAUGUUCUAGACGCGCAACCUUCAUUCAGCCAAGACGGGUCUGUUUCACGGCCGACUGCUACCUUCUCCGGAGUGCCUGUUGAAGCAUUGCUUACCCUCGGUAUGGACGUCCCACCGUACUGGCUCGUUGCACCGAAAGAAUCCAUACAUGACCUUGAUAAUAUCAAGCUAAGCUCGGUAAAAGGAGGGUCUGAUGUGGACGCCAUCUAUGCCCUCGAGCAUAUUUUGAUUGAAGGACAUUCGCGUGAUAUCACUACCAAAUCCCCUCCAAGAGGAGUUCAACUGGUUCUUGGAACCGAAGACAACCCAUACUUUGCCGAUACCAUUGUUAUGGCCAACCUCGGCUAUUUCCAGUUCAAAGCACAGCCGGGUCUUUGGACCAUCAACCUUAAGCCGGGCCGUAGUGAACAGAUCUUCAACCUCGAAAGCUUGGGCCGACUGGGCUACAGCCCACAGGCUGGUGAUGACAGCAAUGAAGUUGCACUACUUUCCUUCCAGGGCAAAACUCUAUUCCCGCGACUAUCCCGCAAGAGAGGAUACGAGGAUGAAGACGUACUCGAGUCCGGUCUUAAGCCUGGGUCUGCCAUGGACUUCAUGUCGAAAGGUCUUAAUUUUGCCUCUAACGUCCUUUCCAGCGUCGGCGUGACGUCCAAGAGCAGCGAUCCCAACGCCGACAUUAAUAUCUUCUCCGUCGCAAGCGGUCACCUUUAUGAACGGAUGCUCAACAUCAUGAUGGUCUCCGUAAUGAAGAACACAAAGCAUACCGUCAAAUUUUGGUUCAUCGAGCAAUUCCUCUCCCCCUCUUUCAAGUCCUUCCUCCCAAACCUCGCUUCCGAGUACGGCUUCUCCUACGAGAUGGUCACCUACAAAUGGCCUCACUGGCUGCGCGCUCAAAAAGAAAAGCAGCGCGAAAUCUGGGGGUACAAGAUCCUCUUCUUAGACGUCCUCUUCCCUCUUUCUCUCGACAAGGUCAUCUUCGUCGACGCCGACCAAAUUGUCCGCACAGAUAUGUUCGACCUUGUCAGCUACCCUCUCGAUGGAGCACCCUACGGCUUCACCCCUAUGUGCGACUCUCGCGAGGAAAUGGAGGGCUUCCGCUUCUGGAAACAAGGCUACUGGAAGAACUUCCUCCGCGGCGCGCCCUACCACAUCUCCGCCCUUUACGUCGUCGACUUGAACCGCUUCCGCGCUCUUGCUGCCGGUGACCGCCUCCGCGGACAGUACCAGAUGCUCUCGGCCGACAAGAACAGCCUAAGUAACCUCGACCAAGACCUGCCGAACCAUAUGCAACACCAUAUUCCUAUCAAAUCCCUCCCGCAGGAAUGGCUGUGGUGCGAGACGUGGUGUUCUGAUGAGAGUCUGAGUCGAGCGAGGACGAUCGAUUUGUGCAAUAACCCGCAAACGAAAGAGCCGAAGUUGGAUAGGGCCCGAAGACAGGUUCCGGAGUGGACGGAGUAUGAUGACGAAAUUGCAGCGUUGGCGAGGAGGGUUGCGGCGAGUGAGGUUGAGGUGGAGGUUGAGCAGCAGAUUCUUGCAGAUGAGAUUGAGGAGGAGAAGGAGGCUGCGGCUUCGGAGUGGAAGAAGGAUGAGCUUUAG